UGCAGCGGUGUCAGAUGGGUGACGCGCUCCGGGCUCUUAUUGAGGUCACCGAAACGUGUACUACACGGGGAGGGGAAGAGGAAAUCUUCCCUCUGCGCUGUCCUGGUGUCUCAACAUGCGCGGCGGCUCUCCGUAGCCUUCACCCGGAGCACCGGUUCCAGUCCGCAGGCAUGUCAACCGGGGGCUCCGACAGCACGGCGGACAAACCGGCAGAUCGAGCUGCAGAAGAGGAGGAGGGGCCAAUCCAAGCAGGAUCCACGAUGCCAUCUGUCGAGCUGCCAAGGAAACGGAAAGGGGAGGUGGAGGAGAGGCCAGACACCCGUGUACAGCAAAGCCUCAACUGCAACUUGGAGGAUGACCUCAGCAGAUCUGAGGGAGAGGAUCAGCAAGCCAAAAUGAAAUGCUUCAGGGAGCCUCACCGACAGAUUGAAAAACGACGGAGGGACAAAAUGAACAACCUGAUUGAUGAGCUUUCCGCCAUGAUUCCUGCGUGCCAGCCCAUGGCAAGAAAACUUGACAAGCUAACUGUUCUUCGGAAAGCUGUACAACACCUGAAAGCCCUCAAAGCUGGGGCGAGUGGUGCCUUUGCCGAUGCCAAGCACAAGCCUUCCAUCCUGCCUCACGAUGACCUUCGGCACCUUCUGCUCAGGGCAGCAGAUGGCUUCCUGCUAGUUGUAAGGUGCGAUCGGGCGAAGAUCCUGUUCAUCUCAGAGUCUGUCUCCAAGAUCCUUAACUUCAGCAAGUUGGAGCUGACCGGCCAGAGUUUGUUCGAUUUCAUCCACCCCAAAGACAUCCACAAGGUGAAGGAACAGCUCUCGUCCUCAGAGAUGCCCCCCCAGCAGCGCCUCGUCGACGCCUCCACGGGGGUUCAGGUCCAGGCCGAAGCCCCGGCCAGGCCGUCCCACUUGGCCACCGGAGCCAGGCGUUCCUUCUUCUGCCGCAUGAAGCACAGUCGGGUCACAGGGAAGCACGAAGGCAAGCACUCGCUGCCCGCCGCUUCUAAGAAGAAAGAGACCUACAGGUACUGCACCCUCCACUGCACCGGAUACAUGCGGACCUGGCCGAGCGGCCAGCUGGACCCGGAGGGCGACGCCGUCGACAAGGAGAUGCCCAGCCUGAACUGCCUGGUGACGGUGUGCCGCCUCCACCCCCACGUCUCCCACCAGCCCCUUAACGACGUUAACGUCAAGGCCACCGAGUUCGUAACCCGCUGUGCAAUCGACGGCAAGUUCACUUUUGUAGAUCAACAAGCCACGACAGUCAUCGGUUAUUUGCCGCAGGAAGUUCUUGGCACCUCCUGUUACGAGUACUUCCACCAGGACGACCUGCAGCACAUGGCGCGGAAGCACCGGCAAGUUCUUCGAAGCAAAGAGAAGAUCGAGACCCAGUGCUACAAGUUCAAAACAAAACACGGCCCCUAUGUUACACUCCAAAGCCAGUGGUUUAGCUUCACCAAUCCGUGGACCAAAGAAGUCGAGUUCAUCGUCUCUUCGAACAGGGUUAUCUCGGGGCCUGGUCACACAAAAGACGAAAACGAGGCUGGCAGCUCGAAAUCGACUCAGGAAGAAGCACAGCAAAUCCCAGAGAUUCCUGGCCUCUCCACUGGUGUGGGCACCAUGAUCUACGCAGCCAGCAUAGGGACCCAGAUCGCAAACGAACUGAGCGACACAUACAGGGCAAACUCGUCCCCAUCGAGUGGAGCUUCUAGUCCAUUUGGUUCUGUCCAGGAGAAAUGUCCACUCACCAGCAGGAGAACUCCCAGCAGAGAAGAGGAAGCAGGCAGCUCUUCAACCUCCCAGUCCCAGGCUGAUUCCAGUAAGGAAGCUGCUGAAAGCAGUGGAGCUCCUGAGAGUGGAGGUGAGCCGUCCCAGCUGGACCUGGAUCUCCCAGGGCUCAGCAGCUUCAGCAGCGACGAGGCAGCCAUGGCGGCCAUCAUGAACCUCCUGGAGACGGAUGUGAACAUGAGCCAAUCGGGGGACUUUGAGGAUUUACACUGGCCUUUCUAGAGGGAGCUCGGACUCUCAGCGCCCCCUCUAAAGUUCUUGUGCCCUUUUUUUUUUUUUUUUUUUUGCCAAAUGACACAAACCUGUGAACCGUUUAACAAACUGUUAUCUGAAGACUUACCUGUCCUCAACCAAGUGAAGGCGCUGGACUUGUCCUAAAGGUCGCAACAUGUCUUACUUGAGGACAGAAUAUUGUGACUGAUCGUCUUGUUGGUUUCUUGGUUCUUGCUCGAAGCAUGUUGAGGGUAAAGUGCCCCUGGAGCCAGUGGUGAGUCAGAUCUUCCUCAGCGAGACCUUAGCACCUUAAGGGGGGUUUAGACCAACACAUUCUACAGAAAACUAAAGGAACAAAGUAUUUGCUCUGCUGCCAUCAGUUACCAAGGUGGAAGAAGAAGAACGAGACUCCUGACGAAUUCAGUGCUGCUAUAGAAACUCCUCAAACUUUGAACAGCCGUGUAUCCACCGGUACACGGUGAAAACGGUCAUGUUUUCCAUUACAUGGAUUAUUGUCUUUCUUUUGUUGUUUUUAUUUUCAUUUUUAAAGCCCUAUUUGCAAAAAAAACUGUCAAGUAAAAAUGAGAUAAUUCUCUAAAAGGAGGUGUUUUGUCCAAACUUGUGUUCAGAGAUUGUUGAAAUAAGAAUAUUUAUCCUACCAGCUCCCCUAGAUUUUGGUGUUUAAAAAGUCAGAACCACCCAACUCAAUCACCCACAUGUGGUUUAUUUUUAGUGAUGCAUAAAAAUUCUGAAACUAAUUUUGUUGUUAUUCUAAAACGAGUAACAAUAAAGCAUCACAAUAAACUCCAACGUUAUUAGCACAGGACAGUCAAUUAUGGGUGCAAACCCAAUCGACUAGAGUUGAGGUUCUUUUGUAUAUCUACCUUGCUUGUAGAAAAAUAUUCUGCCGCUUUUUAUCAAUUUUCUUUUCCAUACUUUUUUCUCUCUCACUGAUCAGGUAGGACACACACACCCUUACUACGCACUUGACACUGUAGCAUACACGAAUUGGCUACUACAAUUUUUUUGGGGCAUGUUGGAAGAUUUUGCCACAUUAUUGACACGGCUCACAAAACCCCACAUAUAAAUACUACAUGUCCACUAUUGCUACAAAAAUAAUGCGACUAUGGCUCACAAAUCUGUUACAUUAACCCUUUUUAUGCCACUGCGUAUUGCGUGCUGUGCUAUACAGACAUCUCUAUACUUGAAACUGAAAGUGAAACUGAUGGCAUGCCCAACUUUCUGAUUGAUUCAUCUAAUCAUUUAGUUGUUAUAAUUAUCUAAACAUUCAGGAGCACACAUAAAGCCUAAAGAAAACAAACUGAAAAUGAGACGGUGACACAAGUGCAAAAAAUAACGUCCCAAUCCUGAUACAGCCAGACACUGAACAACACACACUUGCUCCUAAUAGACAUGGACUAUUCCACAAUGGAAGCACAUCAGAAGCAGCAUACAUUCCUGGAUAAUGGAGAGUAUGGCUUUACAGCAUCUUUUCAGUGUUCCCUGGACUUUGGGAAGAGAAUCUGACCCACAGCAGCCCAGAUCCCCCACCAUAUUCAACACCUGGCCUGAGGCGUUCCUCCACAUGUUCACUCUUUGUAACAGAGACUUUGCCGUUGUCUCACCAAAACACGUGGUUUCAGUUAAGGUUAAGAGAAAAGCUUAGCAAACGCCACAUGUUUACAUUUGUGAUGGUUGUGCAGAAAAUGCUUUUAUGUGACAUCACUCCCACAACAACCAGUUGAAGUGUAAGUUGAAUCCCAUGGUGGUUUUGUAAGCUAGCUAGCCAUUGGCUAGCUUACAUAAUAGGGUUGUUGUUUCAUGUUAUGUUUAAACCCACCGGGCGAAAAAAUGUCAUAUUUUACUAAUUAGAAGUUAUAAUCAAAUUUAAAAUACUUCAGUAUUUAUUUUAGAGGAUUAUUAGGAAUUUCAAUAACUUUGCCUGGAACGUAGAUGUAAAGUUAUAUUUUUUGACAUGGAUCCCCCCCCACUAAAUAAAUAUGUAAAUUAAAGGCUCGGAUAUUCUAAAUUCUUAUUUGUGAGAUUAUGUAACUUCAUUAAAUAAUUUAUUUUAUGACUUUUUACACAUCUUUACCAAUAAAUCUUGGUGACACGAUGAAGGCAGAUGAACAAUGACACAGCACAGAAAGUACUGUCAUUUAUUUAUGCAACAAAGCCAAAUUGUACCAGCUUUCUAUAAAACAUUUAUACGUUUCUGUCAGUGGAAUUUUAAGGGUAAGUAGAAGCCAGCUGCAGCAAAACAGUAACACAUAGCUGUAACGUAAUGAUAAAAAUAAUAUAACUAAAACACAUUAUCUCCAAAUUCUAUUGCAAAAAAAUAUUUAUUAUCAAAUAAUACAUAUUUUCAUUUGAAUCCUUUGGAUUAUAAGAAAAUAUGUAAUACAUUGUUUUAUUCACACAGUUCUCAUGUUCUCCACAGUCGGCCUGCUGAACGGUUCAUUUCGUCUUUUUCUUGUCAGAAACUUUUCCAUUUCUGGCUUGAGGAUCAAAGCAGUUUGAUCAAUUUGACUGGCAACCAAUCAGAAAAUGAGCAUCAGAAAUAACAUUUAAACACAUUUUUAAGUUAUAUUUUAAUCUAAACACAAAUAUUGAAAAACAAAACUAAAAUUAUGAUGAAAAAAUUCAGAUAAAAAAAAAAAAUUAAAAUCCGGCAUGCCCUCCCCUUAUCUUCCCUCCAGCUUUCUGAGGGCCCCACAGCGCCCCCUAAAGGUCCCCCACUUUGAAAAACACUGAACUACUCUCACUCAUAUUUUCCAGUUCGCUUUCAGGCACAAUUUUUACCUUUGCCAUGUAAGCAAAAAUAUGUUGUUUUGUUUUUUGUUUUUUCUGUCAAGCACUCAGAUGCUUUAUGUGGUCAGCUUGUAUAUUUUCAUGUGCCUUGUCUUGCAGAUUGUUUUUAUCUGUCAUAAGAUGCCGUUUGAAUUCAUAUUUGCAAAUAGGAUUCCUGGGUUGGAAAAUAGGCUAAAUGUUUGUGAACAAGAUGUAAUAAGUUUUAUUUUCCAACCAGCAAACAAACAGCAGUUGUGACACACUGGAUCCUCAAAUGUUGAAAAUAUGACGCUAUUGCCUUGAAGACACAUCGCUUGUGUUGUAAAUCAACAGAAAUGAAAUUCUUCAUCAAUUCAAAAACAAAAUCGAUUCAUGUUGUAUGUUGGCAUGUGUCAUAUAAAUAGAGCACUAAUGGAUACUGGUCAUAUCCUGCGGUGAAAAGACGUGUUCUGAUGUUUGUAUGUUGUAUUCAGAUGGCUGGCAAUGAACACUAUGACAGUAAAUGAUAAUUUUUCAGAAUA